CUUAUCUCUUGGUUAUAUACUUUUUGUCUACAAUUUGUCAACAAUAUAUAAAGUAUUAACUUAUCUAUCUUGACUAUUUCUAUUUAUUUGUAAAUAAUCUAUUAAUAAUUAAAUUACAAUAAAUACCUACGGGACUGACUGAUACAAAAAUUGCCUUGGAAGUCAAAGAUUCAUCAAUAGUGGUUUUAUAAAAUUAACAAUCACUAUCGACUAUCGUCUAAUUUAUUUGCUAUCAAACAAUGUUGUGAGCCUUAAAUCUGUGUCAUGUCCGUCUUCUAACAAAAUUUUAAAUUCUUUUUUUUUUAAAUAACUUUGUGACAAAGCUAUUCAAAAUGACCGAACCUUUAGACCCCCUGUCGCCCAGUACAAACUCUUUCCGAAAUCCAGGACUUAUGAAUAAACUGAGGAUGAGGUUCAACCGAAGUGUUCCAUCUAGUAGAUCCAUAGGGGAAGGAUACGUCGAAUUCGGCGAGUUCCGUACCGAGCGGCCCACCAUCAAGAAAGUGGGCACGUUCGCCGGUGUGUUUUGCCCGGUCGUGCUUUCCAUGUUCAGCGCUCUCAUAUUUAUUCGGAUGGGAUACCUGGUGGGUAACGCGGGCCUCCUAGUCACGUUGGGGCAGUUCGGCCUCGCCUACCUGAUAGUACUGUUCACAGUGACCUCCAUAUGUGCCAUAUCGACCAACGGCGCCGUCGAAGGCGGAGGUGUCUACUUCAUGAUAAGCAGGACACUAGGUCCAGAAUUUGGUGGCGCCAUUGGCACUUUGUUCUUCUUCGCCAACGUGGUAUCCAGUGCCCUCUGCAUAUCAGCGUGCACCGAAGCGCUGGUGGAGAAUUUUGGGACAAAUGGUUACCUAGUGAAACCUAACCCUGGUAUACCGGACGGCUGGUGGUACCGGUUCCUGUACCGGUCUGUCCUCAACGCGGUCGGACUGGGAGUUUCCCUCGCCGGCGCGUCUCUGUUCGCCCGCACCAGCCUGGCCAUAUGGGUCACCAUGUUGGUCUGUCUGUCCAGCGCGUUCAUCAGCUUCUUUGUCACCCCCCCGGCUGAGAUUGAGAAACCCGACACAAAUCAGCUGGUGAAUGACACUAACUUCACCUACACGGGGCUCAGCUCGGCGACCUUCUACGAAAACCUGUACCCGGAUUAUGGGAGGGAUUACACCACAACCAAUGGCGACAUGGUGGACUUCGCGUCUGUGUUCGGGGUGCUGUUCACAGGCGUCACUGGUGUUAUGGCGGGGGCCAACAUGAGUGGCGAGCUGAAGAGCCCGUCGCGCAGCAUCCCGCGCGGCACGCUGGCGGCGCUGGUGUUCACGGGCGCGGCGUACGCGGCGCUGGCCGCGCUGUCGGCCGCCGCCUGCUCGCGACCGCUGCUGCAGAACAACUACGUCUAUCUGCUGCCGCUCAACGUCUGGCCGCCCUUCAUUGCUGUCGGUAUGCUAAUGGCAACGUUCUCGGCUGGCCUGUCCAAUUUAAUUGGAGCAUCCAGAGUUUUAGAAGCACUCGCCAAGGAUAAUAUUUUCGGUUUCCUCCUGCGUCCGAUGGUGUCGCGCUCCGGCAACCCGGUGCUGGCGGUGCUGGUGUCCUGGCUGCUCGUACAAGUGGGCAUUAUGGCAGGCUCGCUGAACGCCAUUGCGCAGGUCAACUCUGUACUGUUCAUGACAAGUUACUUCGCUAUAAACCUCGCCUGUUUGGGACUGGAUCUGGCAUCUGCGCCCAAUUUCAGGCCAACGUUCAAGCAUUUCUCGUGGGUGACGUCGCUGGUGGGGCUGGUGGGGUGUGCGGCGCUGGUGUUCGCGCUGCGGCCGCUGUACGCGGCGGGCGCGGCGCUCGCCUGCACGGCGCUCGUGCUGGCGCUGCACCUGCUGUCCCCGGCCGCCGCCGACCCCAAGUGGGGCAGUCUCAGUCAGGCGCUCAUCUUCCAUCAGGUCCGUAAAUACCUGCUACUGCUGGACCCGCGGCGGGAGCACGUCAAGUUCUGGCGGCCGCAGAUGCUGCUGCUGAUCGCCUCCCCCCGGCAGUCGGCGCCGCUUAUUGACUUUGUUAAUGACCAGAAGAAGGGCGGGCUGUUCGUGCUAGGCCACGUGCGCGUGGGGCAGCUGGACGCCGGCGACCCGCUGGCCGCCGAGCAGCGCUACUGGCUGCAGCUCGUCGACCAUCUCAAGGUGAAGGCGUUCGUGGAGCUGAGCCUGGCGGAGUCGGUGCGGAGUGGCGCGGCGCAGCUGGCGCGGCUGUCGGGCCUCGGCGCCAUGAAGCCCGACACCGUGCUGCUGGGCUUCCGCGACCAGCAGCCGCCGCACGACUUCUUCCGGGACCCCCUGUCGCCGUACAAGACGGAGCAGUUCGAGCUGGAGUCGGGCGAGGCCGUGUUCCCGCUGCGGCGCUCGGCGCGACUCGCGGCCGCCGAGUACGUGCGCAUCGUCGCCGACGUGCUCUGCGUCGGCAAGAACGUCGGUCUCUGCCGGAACUUCCACGCGCUCGACAUGGCCGCCGUCGAGAGACGGUCGCCGUCGCUGAAGUACAUCGACGUGUGGCUGGCGGAGCUGCUGCGGCCGGCGCCCGAGGAGGCGUUCAGCGUGCGCGCGCUGUUCGCGCUGCAGCUGGCCGCCGUGGUGCGCUCGGCGCGCGGCUGGCAGCACCUGCGGCUGCGGGUGCUGGUGGCCGCGCCGCGCCACCAGCACCACCGGCACCAGCCGCCCACACUCAUACAAGGCAAGUACGGCUGCAGCUGGCCGCCGUGGUGCGCUCGGCGCGCGGCUGGCAGCACCUGCGGCUGCGGGUGCUGGUGGCCGCGCCGCGCCACCAGCACCACCGGCACCAGCCGCCCACACUCAUACAAGGCUCGGCGCGCGGCUGGCAGCACCUGCGGCUGCGGGUGCUGGUGGCCGCGCCGCGCCACCAGCACCACCGGCACCAGCCGCCCACACUCAUACAAGGCAAGUACGGCUGCAGCUGGCCGCCGUGGUGCGCUCGGCGCGCGGCUGGCAGCACCUGCGGCUGCGGGUGCUGGUGGCCGCGCCGCGCCACCAGCACCACCGGCACCAGCCGCCCACACUCAUACAAGGCAAGUACGGCUGCAGCUGGCCGCCGUGGUGCGCUCGGCGCGCGGCUGGCAGCACCUGCGGCUGCGGGUGCUGGUGGCCGCGCCGCGCCACCAGCACCACCGGCACCAGCCGCCCACACUCAUACAAGGCAAGUACGGCUGCAGCUGGCCGCCGUGGUGCGCUCGGCGCGCGGCUGGCAGCACCUGCGGCUGCGGGUGCUGGUGGCCGCGCCGCGCCACCAGCACCACCGGCACCAGCCGCCCACACUCAUACAAGGCAAGUACGGCUGCAGCUGGCCGCCGUGGUGCGCUCGGCGCGCGGCUGGCAGCACCUGCGGCUGCGGGUGCUGGUGGCCGCGCCGCGCCACCAGCACCACCGGCACCAGCCGCCCACACUCAUACAAGGCAAGUACGGCUGCAGCUGGCCGCCGUGGUGCGCUCGGCGCGCGGCUGGCAGCACCUGCGGCUGCGGGUGCUGGUGGCCGCGCCGCGCCACCAGCACCACCGGCACCAGCCGCCCACACUCAUACAAGAAGCUGGUAGAACGGUGUCCGUGGGCCCUAGUUCAGACCCCAGCGUGCCGCCGAUGUCUGAGGCCCGUCCACUGCAAGAGAGGCUGGACGAGCUCCUUAAGUUACUCAGAAUAAAUGCCACUACGCACAUUGUUACGGAGUGGCCAUCACUGGACAACGCCACCAAGUGGUCCAGCGAUCUGAAUUCAGAUGAGAACAGUAUAUUCCAGCGGGUGCCGCUGAGUUACUUGCAGACCGUGAACAAUAUAAUCAAAGGGCGGUGCUCGGAGGGUACGGCGGUGACGUUCGUGCAGCUGCCGCCGCCGCCCUCGCCGCCGGACGAGCCCAUAUGUGAACAGUAUUUGAAGAUAUUAGAUGAAUUUACCAAAGAUCUGUCACCGACAAUCCUAGUCCGAGGGCUCAAGUCGGUCACCUCUACUGCACUAUGAAGAAACAUUAGUUGUCUCAAUAAUUGAAUACGACGUCCUGGAUUGACGCUGAAAGGAUACGACGCAUGAGCUUAAUAACUUGACAAUACAUUGUUACCGUAAUCUUUUGGGAUUAUUACAUUGUCAAAUAUAGUCUUAAAUACACUAUAUUUGACAAUGUAAUAAUUAGUUUUUUCACUGUUCACCAGAGGGAGACUUUGUACACAAGUCGUUUGCUUGGUCACCUCUGUUCUAUUCGUGUUUCUACUGUGAAGUAGUUGUGUUUGCAUGGCUGUGUUCGAGCAGGUUUUUUUUUAUACAACUUAGAAUGGCAAACAAUCUGACGGCCCACCUGAUGGAAAUUGGUAAUCGUCGCCUAUAGACAUGAGCAGUACCAUGGACAUAACAGAGUAUACUGUUUCGCCCAUGAUACCCCCCAUGCGUUGCCAUUCCUGAGGACUCAGGUGUUAUUUCUCUGUACCCAGUAAAUUCACGCCAUACCCCACCCUUCGAACCUAAACACAGUCAUGCAAACACAACUGUUUCACGGUAGAAACACGAAUGGGACAGAAGUACCCAAGCAAACGACUUUUGUACAAAGUCUCCGUCUGGUGAAAGUUAGACUGCACUUACAUUGGUCACUGUUUUGGCAUCUUUGAUGCUUCAGCGGUGACCAAGUUUGUUCAUUAUUUAUUUUAUUUAUUUUAAGUAUAUGAUAACAUUAGACUAAGUUUAUGUUACUAACAAAUUAAACCAUUGUAGCCUAUGAUUAUUAUAUAAAUUUACCAUUAAAAACUUACCUACUUCAUAUUUUUUAUAAUGUAAAAAAAAAAAUUUGUCGUUUGUAUUAUAUUAGAAAAAAAAAAUUCUUUACCUACAAAAUAGUUGAUAUUAUUUUUAUAAUCGGACAUAACUGGCAUUAUGUUAAUUUAGUUAGUAAUAAUUUGUAAACUAUAUGUUAAAUUAUAGAAAAAGGAAUAUAAGUAAGUAAGUAAUAUUUAAAAUUAUUUUAAAUUUAAUAGUAUUAAUGAUAAUUGAAAUAUACCGCUGUGAUAGACGAAUAGACAGACGGACAGUCGGAGUUGUAUCAUAAGCGUAGUUUUAAUUUUUUUUUGGUAUGGGACCCUAAAAGACAUAUAGUAAUUUAAUUUAAAACGGCGAACACUUCCAUUGGUUCCAGUUUGUGGGUCUACUAUGAAACGAAAUUUCUUGUUUUUGGACUCAAUUUCGUGUUUUUAUUCACACUGAAAUCGGUCCAGCAAAUAAAACUUAAUAUUUCGUUCGUCAUAAAUCCUACCAUAAAAGUCCAAAGGAACGAUAUUUUAACAUUUUUAAUAUUUUUAAACGGUAUGUGUUAUGUAAUUUUAACAUCAAACUUGUGUUUCGUUCGGCCACGAAAUUUUGGAAAAUAUUUCAUGGUAGGCCCUCUGAUUUUGUUGAGUUUUUCCAUGAUUUAGAGAUUAUUAUUAGGCCUUAAUUCUCAGCAGUGGCAAUGCCAUAGCUUAAUAGAUUUUCGAGUUGCAUUGUUUAUGGUUUAAACGUGAUCAUUUAAAUUAUGAUAAAUUAUUUAAAUUGUGUAACCUGGUCGAAACGUCGAGAUAACUCAUGUAAAUUAUAUCUUAUAAAUAGCUAUAGGUUUAUCAUGGCAUGGCACCAUAUAUUUGGAAUCAAUCAUCGUGUUCAUGACAACAGGUUAUUGUUGCUGUUAGGUUGGUAGCUCGGUUUGUGGUAACUCUGUUAGUAUUAAAUAAAUUCGUAUCUCAUAAUACAUAUCAUAGUAUGGAGACCAUAUAAUGUCGAUUUAUAUUUUAGGUUU